UCCUGCUCUGAUUGUAUAAAAUGCUUCACAACAUCAGCUAAGCUAAAAGUUCAUCAGAGAACACACACAGGAGAGAAGCCUUACUUCUGCUCUGCCUGUGCGGCGAGUUUCUCUAUAAUGUGCAACUUAAAACGACAUGAACGUAUACACACAGAGAAGAUUUACUCCUGCUCUGACUGUGCGGCGAGUUUCUCUCUACUGUGCAAAUUAAAACGACAUGAACGUAUACACAAAGGAGAGAAGCCUUACUCCUGCUCUGACUGUGGAAAGAGUUUUUCUCGACGGGGCCACUUAAAAACACAUGAACAAAAACAUACAGGAGAGAAGCCUUACUCCUGCUCUGACUGUGGAAAGAGUUUCUCUCUACUGGGCCACUUAAAAAUUCACCAAUAUAUACAUACGGGAGAGAAGCCUUACUCCUGCUCUGACUGUGGAAAGAGUUUCUCUCGACUGGGCCACUUAAAAACACAUGAACAAAAACAUACAGGAGAGAAGCCUUACUCCUGCUCUGACUGUGUAAAAUGCUUCGCAACAUCAACUGAGUUAAAAGUUCAUCAAAGAACACACACAGGAGAGAAGCCGUACUCCUGCUCUGACUGUGUAAAAUGUUUCCCAACAUCAACUAGGCUAAAAUUUCAUCAGAGAACACACACAGGAGAGAAGCCUUACAUCUGCUCUGACUGUGCAGCGAGUUUCUCUCUACUGUGCAACUUAAAGCGACAUGAAAGUAUACACACAGGAGAGAAGCCUUACACCUGCUCUGACUGUGCGGCGAGUUUCUCUCUACUGUGCAACUUAAAACGACAUGAACGUAUACACACAGGAGAGAAGCCUUAUCACUGCACUGACUGUGAGAAGAGAUUCUACAGAUUGGGCCACUUAAAAAGACACCAAUGUAUACAUAAAGGAGAGAAGCCUCAUCAGUUCUCUCAGACCAGCUGAGAUUAGACACUCCACUUAAUUAUCAUGUCUUUAAAUAAUUGGCAACGAUGAAUUGGAUCAAAUGAAGACAGCUUAGAACACUCUAUUGUAAACCUAUAGUUUCUCACUGUGAGAGAACUGUGCUUAGGAAAGGGAGCGUUAUAGAAUGUUAGCCUCUCUUUACUUUACUGAUCAGUUUGCACCUUGUCAGUUUUGAUGUGUUUUGUUAGCUUCUACUGUGAAGAUAUUGAGAUUACGUUUUUUUUUGCCCUUAGGGUUGAAUAUCCUCUGUGAGGCGUCUCACAAUGGAGUUUGAUGGUUGACUGGGUGGUACUGCUUCCCUUUGCAGUUUUCUGUGGGAAUGAGCUAGUAGACACAACAUACACUGAGUGUACAAAACAUUAACGACACCUGCUCUUUUCAUGACUUAAACUGACCAGGUGAAUCCAGGUGAAAAGCUAUGAUCCUUAAUAAUGUAGUUUUUGUGUAUUUAUUAUGGAUUCCCAUUUGCUUUCAGUAGAAAACAAGAAACUGCAGUUAAGGACUGAAAAGACUGGACACUGGAAAAUGUUAAAAACAUUGCCUGGUCUGAUGAAUCCCAGUUCCUGCUGUUUCAUGCUGAUGGGAGGACUAUGGGGCGUGGGGUGUAUUUUCAGUGCACACAUUGGACCCCUUGAUAAAAGUUUAACAAUGUUUGAAUGCUACAGGAUAUCUAAAUAAUCAUUGCCAAUCAGGUGCAUCCCUUCAUGGCAGCAGUGUAUCCUUCUGCAAAUAGAUUUCUUCAACAGGAUUAUGCCACAAGGCUUGUCCAGGAAUGGUUCCAAGAACAUGACAGUGAAUUCAGCUUACUGCAGUGGCCUGCCGAGUCACCAGAUCUCAAUCCAACUGUGCAUCUGUGGGAGGAGAUGGAACAAGCUAUUCGGAGUAGAGAUCCACUUCCAGCCAACUUGCCACAGUUGUGGGAAGCAUUGGAGUCAACACGGGCCAGCAUCCCUGUGGAACGCUCUCAACGCCUUGGACAGUCUAUGCCCCAAUGAAUUGAGGCUGUUCUGAGGACAAAGGGAGGUGCAACUCAAUAUCAGAAAGGUGUUCCUAAUGUUUUGUACACUCAGUGUAUAUCAGAUAAAGAUGGUGUGAUCAGUUUUCAGCAUUAGUUUGGCUGGAUUAUUUUAUAUUACCAAACAACUUUUGUUUAAUGAUAAACAGGCUAUGAAUCAUCUAAUUGUGUUUAUUAAAUUGUAUUUUAAUACUAGCUUUAUUAUUUUAGUCAUUGAUGAUGAAAGGAAUAACUGUGUUGAAGUUAAUUGAUCUGGCGGCAGGUAGCCUAGCGGUUAAGAGUGUUGGGCCAGUAACUGAAAGGUUGCUGGUUUGAAUCCCGAGCCGACUAGGUGAAUAAUCUGUCAUUGUGCCAUUGAGCAAGCCAAUUAACUAUUUUUGUCCUGUAAGUCUCUCUGGAUAAAAACAUCUGCUAAAUGACAAAAAUGUAAUGAAAAAUGUUUGUACAUGAACUUAUGCUGGGCAACUGCUUUUUUUCUCUUGUGUAUAAUUAAAUGAAAGAAACUGUU